GUGAGUUUGAGUCGCGGCCGCGGCGGAGCCCCGGGCGGGAGGGCUGAAGGUUUUGAAGCAGAUGUUGGAAGAUGUUAGCUGUGGAUACUGGGGUUGUGGAGGAGUGGUUAUCAGAGUUCAAGACACUGCCAGAAGCAUCCAUAUCCAGCUAUGCUACCAGCCUGAAAGACAAGACAGCUUUGAUUUCAUCUCUUUACAAAGUAAUUCAGGAGCCACAGUGUGAACUUUUGGAGCCAGUUUGCCACCAGCUCUUUGAGUUCUACCGCAGUGGUGAGGAACAAUUGCUACGGUUUACGCUGCAGUUCCUGCCAGAAUUGAUGUGGUGCUAUCUUGCUGUCUCAGCCAACAGAGAUUUGCAGAGCAGUGGAUGCAUAGAGGCUCUUCUCCUAGGAGUUUAUAACUUGGAGAUAAUUGACAAAGAGGGACAUAACAAAGUGCUGAGUUUCACAAUUCCAUCUUUGUCCAAACCUUCUGUCUAUCAUGAACCUUCCAGCAUUGGCUCCAUGGCUCUCACUGAAGGAGCUUUGUCGCAGCAUGGUUUGUCCAGGGUUGUGUACAGUGGACCUCACCCUCAGAGGGAGAUGCUGACAGCCCAGAACAGGUUUGAAGUGCUGAGUUUUCUUCUGCUCUGUUACAAUGCUGCCUUAAGCUACAUGCCUGCAAUGUCUCUUCAGUCAUUGUGUCAAAUUUCUUCAAGAAUUUGUGUCUGUGGAUAUCCUCGCCAGCAAGUGAGAAAGUACAAGGGAGUCAACUGUAGGAUUCCAGUUUCAUCUGAAUUCAUGGUGCAAAUGCUAACAGGGAUCUAUUAUGCCUUUUAUAAUGGAGAAUGGGAUCUGGCUCGUAAAGCUAUGGAUGACGUUUUAUAUAGAGCACAGCUUGAGCUGUAUCCAGAACCUCUGCUGGUCGCUAAUGCAAUAAAAGCUUCACUGCCUCAGGUUGCCAUGAACUCUACUAAAGAAGGUGCAAGAUGCAUUCAGGUUGAAAUUACACCUACUUCAUCCAGAAUAUCAAGAAAUGCUGUGACUAGCAUGUCUAUAAGAGGGCAUAGAUGGAAAAGGCAUGAUAAUUCUGACUUAGCAAUUGAAGAAGAACUGAUAGAAGUAUCUGAAACCGAUGAAGGGUUUUACUCUAGGGCUACUUCUGGUACAAGUCAGUCUGCCCUAUCUAACAGCAGCACCAUGAGCAGCAAGAACCUCUUAGGGAAGAGCCAACGAAGGUCUGGAGGAAGCAAACCUGGAGGAAAAGAAAAAGAAGGGGAAACCUGCAGAGAGCAUUUAUCACGGAAACAAACUCAGAGAGCCAUGAGUGAGAAUCUAGAGCUUGUCUCUCUGAAGAGACUGACACUGACAACCAGCCAGUCCCUGCCCAAGCCUGGCAGCCAUAGCCUGGCCAGAACGACCACUACUGUGUUUAGUAAAUCCUUUGAACAGGUCAGUGGUGUCCCAGUUCCAAAUAAUCGUGGUGGUGCCUCUGGUACAGAGGCAAACAGGUUUUCAGCUUGCAGUCUUCAGGAGGAAAAAUUGAUAUAUGGAACAGAAAGAACAGAUCUUCCUAUUUUAAGCAAACAACCUAAUCAGCAGCGACCUCCUAGUAUUAGCAUAACUUUGUCAACAGAUUGAUAUUAAAUUGGCCAGUAUAAAAAAUAAAUUACUGAGAUUUUAUCCUGAUAUUGGUACAUUAAGCUCUUAAUACGCCAUACGUUACUUCCUUAAGUCUCAAAUAAAUUCUUACUUGGCUCAUGUUUGACAGUAAUAGUGAAUAGACAACAGUUUUAAUUAUUUUGAGUCAACUUCUGAUACUUUUACAGCUUCAUGAAAAGUUUAUACCUUCACCAGCUGAACAAGCAUCAAUUGGUUGGUUGUCACUGGCCAAGGUGUGUGGCUUCUUACACAUGUACACUGUGGGAACAAAUGGAGUGUCUCUCCCAGAUUCCAGUUUUUGUCUUCCACUUGGCAUAGGCAAAACUGCAAGUACUUAAGGUUUCUAAGGAGGAGUCUUGCAGUAUUGUCAUGCAAUUUUGGAAGAGCAUUGUAAAAACAUACACUGUCUUACAUGUGAGCUGUGCUUACAUGUAAAUUUAAACUAGAGGCAUCACUUCAGUGUUUGGUGUUCUGGUGGCUUUUGUAUUGUAGUUAGUACACGUAGCAAUGUUCAUGCUUCUUUAUGCCUGUAUAAGUCCAAUUUUAGAUGCAUUUUGGUUUAUCUGUAUGUCUUCAAAACUGGGCCUGAAGUAAUACAGCAGCAGAGCUUGUGGCUGGGAAUUAUUAUCAAUUGCUGUAGUAGUCACUUAAGAAGUAAAAAUUAUGUGACAGAUUCUUCCUUUAGGAUUCUUAAAUAUCAGUUCCAAAACUACUCACUGAAAAGUCAGUCAUCAGUAUUUUUAUUGUCUGUAGGGAAUAGAUGUGCUUGUGUACCAAUGUUAUGUAGAAAUAUGAGCCCUUGCACUGACUCAAGCAAAUCAGGAGUGUGAAUGUGCUUAACAGGAAUUUCAUGCGUGAGACUAAGAGAAUACUACCAAAGGAUGUGUACUUUCAGUAAUUUGCAAGCACAAAGGGGAACUAUAAUAUAAAUAUAAGUAGCACUGUAAUUCCUAAGGUUUUCUUAUAUCUAUUAUUUUUCUAGUUCAAAAUUCUAAACCAGCAACCUGUUCAAGGUUUUACCUAACCUUUAGCCUUCAGUGAAUUUGACAAAAACUUUUAUAAUGUUAAGAUUUUAAUUAAAAAUGGACAUUAAAACUUCUUAAGCAGAAAUCUGAAGAAGCAGUUGCUGACAAAGCCACUCCAGUAGCAGUUUAUUAGCUGAUGAACACACAAUAUAUUAUGAGUGGAGAAGUAGGAUGAAGAUCUAAGGCAUAGUUGCUCCCAACUGUCCAGAUUUCUGCAGCUGUUAAUCCAUUAUUGUCAAGAACAUUGUAAAAAAACAAACACUAAAAUUCUGGUAGACUUUCUCAUUUGCUUGGAGGCAAGUUCAGAUACUUUUGACUUAAGCUGAAGCACAAGUAACUUUUAAACAGCUAAUAUUAUUCAGGUUUAUGGCAAUUAAUAAGCUGGUUAACUAAUGAAAAGAGUAAUUAAGUUGUAUAAUUGUAGUAAUAAGACCACAGACUGGAUGUGUACAUUCCUGAAAAUGCACCAAAGUAUGCAGAAUAACCCCGUGUGUCUGUAGGUGUUCAUAUUUACCCAAGAGCCUGAAUUUAAAGGAGUAUGCCACAAUUUCUCAUUCUUCAUUUCGUUGUGUGACACCAUUGUCUUGUAGUAAUGCAGUACCUCACCUUUUUACAGUGAAGUAUUUUCCUAAUUUUACAUGAAAACUUAUAUUCCUAAUGGAUAAACUACACAUUUGCCAUGUUUAUUUUUUAAUACUGACCAGUGAGAAAGACUGGUUCUUUGAGGUUGUUUUUGUAAAUACUUUCUACAGCAGAAAAUUUGGCCUCCUUUUUAUAGGCGUUUCUGCAAUACACGUUAGUCAGGACAUUUGUUUCACAUUGACUAAUGCAUCUGGCUGCUGGACAUGCAUAACCACGAGCAGCAGCAGGGUGUUAGGCAGCUAAUAGUUGGCAUUGGUUGUCUCUCCACACAGUAGAGCUCUUCCUUCCCUUGAAAUUUGAUCUAGAUGUUGCAAAGAAAUAACCUGCAAAGCUUACAGCAGUUUCCUAAUCCACUUUUGCAGUGUAGGAUCUAAAGAACACAUUAGAAAAAAUUAGCAGUAAUUUAAAUUGACAUAAAAUAGAUAAAUAAAACUGCAGUAGACAAAUAUUUGUUGUUAUGGUAUUAGUUGUGAGGUAGUGUUGAGGGGCUAGAAUUUUUGAGAAUUCUGCUGGUUUUGCUUUGUUUAAUUUAAUUCAUAAUUGUUUGUUACCUCCAUGGUAGACACUCUUUCAAGGUGGGUGUUGGUAUAAAAGAUAUUUAUUAUACUGGGAAGAUUUAGCUCUAAAUAAUUAGGAUUUCAAAUUAGGAUCUAAAAUGCCAUAAAGUGUAGAUAUGUAACAUAAAGUUUUCAGUACUCUUGGCUACAGGCCAAAUGGUGUUAAAAUGAAGUUUGUUUAUCCUUUUUUUACCCAGCUGGUCUGGCUUGAACCCAAGACAUAGGCUCAUAGUCGUACAACUGAAAUAACAUAAAUCUUCAUACUUUUUUGAGAAAAUGAUGAAAGGUUCUUGGUACUAAAGACUGUUCUGUCCAUACAUAUGUGGUGUCAUAUAAACAUGUUUGUAUUGGUCUCUGGAGUAACUUACCCAGUGAUGAGUGUGUUUUUGUGAGCUGACAUUCAUACUGAUCGAGUCUAAAGAAUUUCUUUCCUGAGUACCAAAACUUUGAGUUGUGCUUCUUUCUUCUCUUAAAAAAUGAAAAGUUAAAAAAAAAAAAAACAAAAAAACACAAACCCAAAACCAAAAGGCACAAGGGAGAGUGAGGGCAGAAUUAUUUGUUGACCAAAUAUCCAUGGUGCAGGAUUAGGAGAGGGGUGGGAAGAGUGAUGAGGGAAGUAGGGCAGGAAGCAGACAUUUCUAAAAUUGUCAAACUCUGGGGGUUUGAGCAUUAUCCAAUCACUUCAGACCAUCAGAUGGAAAAUCUUUGUUAAAGAAGUAGAUGUCUUCUAACAGUGUAAAGGAAACGCAUUAAGACACCACAUAUUACAGUGUGCUCAGGAGUGAUGAAUACCUUCCAAACAUACACAGCUGCACCAUUCUGCAGGGAAAAUGUUAUGUAGGAGUGAAUCAUCUCACAUUGUAAUAAGAGAAGUUGUUCCAAUGCUGACGUUUAUAACUGACCCUACUGUUCCAAAUCAUAGGGCAUUGUUUCCAAGGAUGGCUUUGAACAGCAACACUUGCAAAACUCAUUGAAGCUGAGAAGAAUUAUUUUUGUUGUGAGAAUAUGUAACAUUUGUGCAAAAAAUGUAUGGCCUCUAACCACUUGCUGUAGAGCUGCAGUGACAUUUCUGAGUGGAUUUAAAUGUCUUGAAUUGCCUUGAUUACCUAACAAAUUUGAAAGGUACAGAAAUAGAGCUAUUUUAGCCACACUUCUCUCUAAGGAGGUUUCCUAUGAGAAAUUCUAGAAAUUUCUAAUAUAAUUGUCCAGUACCUUUGUUGGUGUUUGAGGCUGUAUAUAGAUGUAAAAUAUAUUACAUUUUGUAUUUGUAUAAUUCUACUUCUAAGACUAGAUGUGCACAUUUGAUAUUCCCUGAAGUCUGUGGAAUAUCUGCAUCAGUCUAUGGAUGUAUGUCUUUCACAUCAAAACCUGAAUUUAAGCAACUAACACUCUUUCUUCAGCUCAUUAUGUGACACUGUUUGAGAAACACAGUUUUUCACCUUUUUUGCAGUAAAGUGUUCUCUUGAUUGUACAUAAAAACUUACAUUCCUAAUGUAUAGGCUACAAGAUUGUCUUUUUAGUGUUUAAUAAUUUUGGCAGUAAAAUAAAUUUGUGUUUUUGAAAUUGUA